CAGCCCUUCCUUCACGUCUUAUUCUUGGGACAUGCCUGACAAGCAGAAAGCAGCUCCAUGGUAGAAGAGAGCCCCAGACAAGGAACGUUUUGCCGCAAUCUAAAGAAAACACUGAGGAGGCCUCACCCUUCUCUGAAGCAGGCCCAGAGGGACAGCCAGCUGGUGGGGACUCACACUCCCUCACUUCCUGGCCCUUUCAACACUGGUCCUGUUGUGGAGCAGAGGCUCUUGCCUGUGCCCUGGGGGUCUGCAUUCCUUCAGAAAGUAUCUACAUGCCCAGCCUUUCUCGCUAGGACUUAGUAGUGGCCACCAUGGGUUCUGUGAAUUUCAGAGGUCACAAGGCAGAAGCCCAGGUGAUGAUGAUGGGCCUCGACUGGGCAGGCAAGACCACCCUCCUGUACAAACUGAAGGGCUACCAGCUGGUGGAGACCCUGCCCACCAUUGGUUUCAACGUAGAGCCUCUUGAAACUCCUGGGCGUGUGUCGCUGAUCCUCUGGGAUGUCGGAGGGCAGGCCCAGCUCAGGGCCAGCUGGAAGGACUACCUGGAAGACACUGAUGCUCUCGUGUACGUGCUGGAUAGCACAGAUGAAGCCCGCUUGCCCGAGGCUGUGGGUGAGCUCAUGGAAGUCCUGAAGGACCCCAACAUGGCUGGCGUCCCUUUCUUGGUGCUGGCCAAUAAGCAGGAGGCGCCCGAGGCUCUCCCGCUGCUGGAGAUCAGAAAGCGGCUGGGCCGCGAGUGCUUCCAGGACCGCUGCUGGGAUCUCCGGGCCUGCAGCGCCCUCACCGGCCAGGGGCUGCCCGAGGCCCUGAGGAGCCUGCAGACUCUGCUGAAGUCCCGCCGCCGCCUGCGUCUCCCGUUCAGAGCCAGUGGGGCAGGACACAGGGACAGCAAGAACUCCUGACCAGGCCACGACGGCUUCGCUUCGCUUAUGUGAACCGGAAGAACCGCUAAUCCUUGAGAAACUUCGCCUCCGUUCAUCGAACCAGAAAUCCUUCUGUUCUUAGGCAGGAUAUUUUCUUCUCGAGACUUAUUUUCAGUGGUGUUUAUGUUGAAAAUCAGUUAACUAUUCUUUGAAUAAUAAUACUCUAAGAAAAAAAGAAAACCCUCAACAUAUUUUCAUUUAAAUUACCAAGUGUGAAUGGAGCAACAAGUGGUUACAUAAUAAAUUGAGAUGUAAGUUCCAAAAAAAAGGGAGGUUUCAAAAUCAAAUUUGAGUAUCAUCCGGACACAUUCAUGAUCGUUAUGAAUGCUUUUCCUCAGGGCCUUUAGGUAUGUGCCACUCUUCCUCUGGGUGCAACUAGCCAGGACUGGCAGCGGUGCAGGUGGGUUGGCUCCCACAGAAUCUGCAUUUUAGAAGUUCAUGGGCCCUCAGCCCUGAGCAAGGGGCUGCGAGUUAAGGCCUUCAAAACUUCACCCACCUUUCUGACCCCGAUUAACCCGUCUCUACCCUUUGUCAUCCUAUGUGGGUUUUUUCCAAAAUCCCAUCAUUUCUUUUCUUUUCUUUUCCUUCUCUUUUCUUCUUCUUGUAGCACAUAGUCUUAAAGAACAGAUCAUUUAUUUCAUUCAUUAAAUCAAAAAUAUGUAGAGUGCUUCCUUUGUGGUAAAAGACAACAGAGCUUUUAGAUGUGAACCAGGUGUUUCAGAGUUGUGAAUUCUGAAGGUAGGGAUCACAGCGGUACCUAUGGAAAGUUGCACACAGCAUUCUAAAAGGGUUUUCAGGUGCCUGUUACCUGGGGUCCACAAAACUCCUGAACUUAUUUGCAAAAUGUUAUGCUUUGGGUCAUUUUUCUAGGAAAGAGAACUUUUAUCAGACUUUCAAAGACAUCUGUGAUUCCCCAAAGUAAAGAAUCAGUAAUCUGGUUUUGUCCUUCAUCCAAUCCCAGAAUGCCUUCUGUUAUCUGAGUUACUUUAAUGGCAAGAAGUUCAUAUUUCACAUCUGUUCAAAUGAAAUAGCCUAAAUGUGAGAUAGUCCUUGGAUCCUGCCUUAAAAUCAGCUUUCUA